CACCGGUAGUGUUGGAGAGCCAAGCCACAACAUUUACAAUCUGAGUACGACGUUUCGCCAGUAAUUACAACUACCUUCAUCAGGCACAUGCCCAGACUCGUCGUUAUCCGGGCAUCGUCUAAUUAAUUAUCAGCGGUGUGGCCCAUCAAUUGGUUCACGCCGAUAUUGAGCUCACUCACUAUGACCGUGCCUAUAGACUCGUGUGGUGGAAUAAGACUCGUGUGGUGGAAUAAGAACGGCUGGAAUAUGUUUGUUUGUAUGCAAUGGAUUCGCGUGACACCUGCAGCCACUAGAGGUCGCUACGUUAUAAUAAUCACGAGCCGUAAUUUUUAUCCACGGCUGAAUGAAGAACCUCUACGUAUGCUGCUGUACACUGUUCUUCACGAAUUUUCAGAGAGGGCCACAUUCGCCGAUAAGACACAAUCGGUGUGUGGGCCACCACAUUGUUGGUGUUGACACCACGACGAUGAUGGGGAGGUGUUUUGGCAUGUUGCGUGUUGUUGUCCGGGGCCGCACUAAAGUCCACCAGGGGCCAUCAGUGGCACGCGGGCCUUGCAAUGAAGAACCCUGGGAUAGGGAGAUGAGUACAGUCCUACACUUGUUAGUUUAUAUUUGCGGGCAGCAGAGGGCAGGGCAGCAACACACAUUGUUGUACUCUACUUAUAGUUGGGUGAAGUAUGGUCAAACAACACUCACGACCCAUCCGACUUGGGGAGGCCCUCAUCCGGCCAACAGUGACUUCACGGCACGAAGAGCUGUACACGCAUUCGUGGUGAUACAGCUUGCACCGCUGAAUGUCACCGCAUGAAUUCUUUAUGCUCCACAAGUUUUAGAGUAGAUCCCUCGAGGGUGGGGAGAGGGGAGGGAAGGGGGACAGGGGGUGUAUGUAGACCCCUCCACUUCCCCAGCCAGCCCAACCUCACCCCCAACUACCAGCCCCACCACCACCACACUCAACCCCACGGCUCAAUGUUGUCCGUGACCCCUUCCAUCCCAAGCGCGCGACCGCUCCUCCUCCUCCUCCCCGUGCAUCUCCCUCCCUUCCCGUGCAUCGCAGUGAUAACCACCGGCAACUUCCCACUUCGCUCUUCUCUAUGCUUGAGGCUUAUUCCAGUGGCACAUACACAGAGGGGACGAUGACCAUGGAGGUGUCUUCAAGCGUCCACGCGCCUUUAAAGUCACCUGGCUCGGAGGCCACACGGCCCUGCGGCCACAAGAGACACAGCCCCGGGGCCCAGCGUCGGCCCGAGAAGCCUCCCUUCUCCUACAUCGCCCUCAUCGUCAUGGCGAUCCAGAGUUCACCGGCCAAGCGAGUCACCCUCAGCGAGAUCUACCAGUUCCUGCAGGGUCGUUUUCCGUUCUUCCGCGGCGCCUACCAGGGCUGGAAGAACUCCGUGCGACACAAUCUCUCGCUCAACGAGUGCUUUGUGAAGCUGCCCAAGGGCCUGGGCCGGCCAGGCAAGGGCCACUACUGGACCAUCGACCCGGCCAGCGAGUUCAUGUUUGAGGAGGGAUCGUUUCGACGGAGGCCGCGGGGGUUCAGGCUCAAAUGUCAGGCGUACCGAGGCAGCCAGGCGUUGCUGCACUACGGGCUGGUGGGGCUGACCUCGACGGCUUUCCAUCAUCACGAUCAGCCACAUCACCACCAUCAUAAUCCGCCUCCCCAUCAGAUCCUUCAUCAGCAGCUCCAGCAUAACCAAGACCAUCACAGUUAUCAGCAACAGCAGCAGCAACACCAUCAGCAUGACUACCUACAACACCAUCACCACGAAACCAAUCAUCUUCACAGCAAUGGGCUCCACGAACAGUCGUACGGGCAUCUGCAGCACCACCUGGCACUCGGGAUGGACGUUCCUAGGUCUGCCCUGCACCACGCUAAUCAACAUUCAGGGCCAGAUCUACCAAAGUCGCCCAGCUUCACGAAGGUCGCGUAUGCGGAAGGGGCAACGUGCAGUCUCAAGGAGGCUUCGGCGACGAUGGCGCGGAGGGGGAAGGAAGCGCUCGGCUCCUGCACGGUGGCUGAUGAUGGGCCGCAGUCGGCGGCGACCUUCGGAGGAGACGGGUACACGGGCGGGGGCAACGGAGCAAGGCGGUGGCUGCAGGGGUCACCCGGCGGCCGUGACCGUCGCCAGAGUCAAAGAGCCGAUGACGGGCGGCCCAGCUCGGGGCAGCAGCUGGGCCUGGGGGCGGACGCGUGCUUCGGGAAGGGAGACGAGCUCACGUCCUCCGAGCUGAGCAAGGGCUCACUGGGCCACCUGGGCGCCGGGACGCACGGGUCCAAGGACGUGCGUGCGGUGGACGCGACAGACGUCCUGCAGGACGUGGGGUCCCGUUUGGGUUUUAUUCAAGGCAGCAGCCACUCCGUCGGCGACUUGAGCGCGGUGCACCACCACCUGUUCGUGGGGAGCACGGGCUUCUCCAGCGCUGACCAGGCACCUCAUCUUCUACCUCAUCAUCAUCAUCCACCUCUGUACGCACCACCUCCUGGUCAUGGAUCGUCUGAAUUUGCCACCGGCCUGAGUCCAACGUGGCACCAGAAUUGUUCACCUGGCAGCUCGCCAAGCCUCACCCGUCUGUCGCCGGCAGAGAAAAGUCGGCCACACUUUAUCCACCAUCUCACCAAUCAUCACCACCAACACCAGCAGCAGCAUCAGCAGACGGGAUCCUCCUUCCUUUCAUACGGUGGCAGCGCUGCAGAAGACUUCCCUCUGUUCCUGUGCCCCUCUCCACCUGAAGACAGAAAGGACUUUACCCUGGGCUUAACGAACGCCGGCCACGCCAGACAGCCCACACACCUGGGCGACCAGUCUCUGUGCACACCUGGCCAUGCCUCGUACGACGUCAAGCCCUGCCUCAUCUGAGACUAAGACCCGUGGCCAUCUGGAAAGGCCCCGAGUGGCCCGUGGAAGUUGUUCGGAAGUUGAGACCUCAACGUUUUGAUGGCCUGGGAGCGUGAUUUACAUCCUAAAGUAGUGAUGAUGAACUCUGGAUGCUGAGGAAUUAGCCAAGAGUUAGAUGAAUUGGGAACGUGUCGACAGUGCCCAGCUGAGCUUUAGGAAUCAGUCGUGCUAUCUGUUGAUGUGCCUCCUGGGCAGCCUUACAUGGCACCGAUGUUGUUGCCGAUUUUUUACUCAACAAGAACACUACGGUAUGUGUAAAAAAACAUAUUUUUAAAAAUGUUUUAUCAUGUCAAUGUAAAAUGUUUUAUUCAAACAGCCUAUUGGAAUGGUGGACUGAAAGUUUUCCAACAGCAUUUAUUUCAGCAGCCAAACGCUGUAAUGCAAUGGGUUCCACCUCCCUGGGUCUCAUCAGCAGAAUAUGGCCCUGCUAAACAUAUGCAGCCGAAUUUCCUGAUGUAAUAGGCAAGAGUCCUCCACGAACACUGGGUGGCCUAUUCUUAGUUUUUUCGGUAAAGUCACGUUGUUGUUUCCCUUCAACGUGACUUUACCGAAAAAACUAAGAAUAUGAAUUACUGCACUCACGAAAGCUUUAAAUCAAAAUUUACUGGGUGGCCUGUUCACAUUUACGCAUGCAGUAAUAAUCAUAACGAUGCCCUUGACGUAUCAAGGCGAUUUUAAUGAGGGUGCUUGCCAUAUGUAGCACUGCUAUUGUUCGCUGUCGUUGCUUAGCAUGAUGAUGUUGGUGUGUUUACAAUUAAUUUAACAGAUUGUUGCUUGUGCUGCCAUUUGAUAAAAAAAAACUGUUACAAAAGCAUCGUAACACGUGCUGCCCUUGUAGCACACGAGCAACCUGCGCACGUGAUGGUCUGUCCGUCCCUCCAGGCAGCCAGCCAGCGAGCAAAACUUGUUCUAAUAUAUUAGCGCGUACAUUUUUUGAAGCAGUGGUGUCCCCCGGCACAAUUGAGCCUUUGGUAAUGUUCAUCAGUUUUGGCAGUCCAGUCUAUUGUGUAAAUUCCACAUUCCUAUGGCUGGAGGAUCAGUCCAUCUGUUGGACAACCAAUGCUUAUUUUCUGCCGACGUCCAAAGUGGUGCUUUUGUUCCUGGCCCCAGAUUGAUGAUGGUGAUGAUUGUGAAAUUGCAGUUGACCCCGGAUGGCGUUGAACUCAUGUUGCUGCGGUAUAUUUCAGUAGUAAUUAAACAUCUAUUAAAUAACAAUUAUAGACUCUCUAAGAGCAUAAAACAAUUAACAAAAUCUAAUUUGUUGAAUUGAUUAUAAUCAAACGUGGCAAUUAUCUGUCAUUAGUUCAAAUGAGGUAACUUUUGACACAUUUCCACCAGAAUUCGGCGAAUCAUGUGUUUCACGAGUUACAUUGCAAGCUGAUUUUGAGAUGUAUAUAUAUUUAAAUCUUAAAUCCUAAUGUUUAGUUUUACAAAGAUUCCAAAGCCCUCGUUUCAUUCCUAAAAGCCUUGCCUGGUUUGAGUGUCCUACCUGGGCCCGGUCAUCCAGGCAAGAGAGGAGGACGGGGAACAAUGAAGGCCUAAUUAGUAAGAUAACAUUGAUGUUAAUAAGUAAUUAUUUACUCUUACAACUUUAAUUGUAAAGGGUUUUUGACUAUGCAACAGAUUAACAAAAUGUUAGUACUAUUUACCUACUUAUGUGCUUUAUAUUCUGAAUGUUUUUGUUGUAAAUAUUUGCCAGUGUUUUCUCACCGUAUCAUAAGCUCUCUAUAUUUGUAAUAUUUGCUUUUGAAUAAAACCACCAAUUUAAUAUAAAAUAGUGGGCACACGUUUGGUUUUGAAAUGUAAUUAAACGUUACCUUCGUUAUUUAUUACGUUUAUAAUGUAAAGUUAUAGCGGUGUUCGCUGCAUACAGAUGAAAAGUUAUAGCUUUAAGAGACAAGUCGGGCUAUUUUUAAACGUUUAAUGAACAAUGUGUACGCGAGAUUGGUUAAUUUCCGGAAAUGUAUCCAUUCUCACAAAAUUCAACUUAUCAUUGUCUUAUACAUUUUAAAUAGUUAGGUUUAAAUUUUGAUUUAAAGCUUUCGUGACUGCAGGGAUUCAUAUUCUUGGUUCUUUCGGUAAAGUCACGUAG